CUAGCUAGCUUGCUCGCUAGCCUUCAAAUCAACAAAACAGAAUCAGACAGCAUCAUUUGAGAUGUGCACAGCCCGCACCCGUCCCUGUUGGAAGUGUUUUGUGUAUCUAAGUUAUUUAACCUUAAUGAUCUGACAAAUGACAUAUGAGGAGUAAACGGUAUCCUCCGAUGUCAUUGUCACAUGCAUCUCGUUAGGAAUAUCCAGAAAGACCGGAGAACGGAUAUUUGACUGCCAAUAGUGGAGGAUGGAUUUAUCAGGACGGUGAAAUCAGACACUUGGAAUUACUGGCUAGCGUGGUCCUGUACAACCAGCAUCGCUAGACGUAAGGGGACAACCUCAGCAGGUUCUGUUCACGAACAGAGCUUCUUCCCGGGCAAGGGAGUUCCCACCGGUAGUCUUUCCCAGCCAUGGCGUUGGUAACGCUGCAGCGCUCUCCCACCCCGAGCGCUGCCUCCACAGCCAGCACCACUACCACGAACGCGGGGGAGGACUUCGGGAGCGAUGAUGAGCGGAGGUUAAACCAGAGCCUGAGCGAGAGCUUCUUCAUGGUGAAGGGUGCGGCCCUCUUCCUGCAGCAGGGCAGCAGUCCCCAGUGCCAGAAGGCCCACCCCCACCACAAACACGCAGGUGACCUGCCUCAGCAUCUGCAGGUGAUGAUAAACAUUCUCCGCUCAGAAGACAGAAUCAAGCUGGCGGUGCGGUUGGAGAGCGCCUGGUCGGACCGUGUGCGCUACAUGGUGGUGGUCUACACCAACGGCCGCCAAGACACGGAGGAGAACAUCCUGCUGGGCAUGGACUUCAUCAACAAGGACAGUAAGAGCUGCUCCAUAGGAAUGGUACUGCCACUCUGGAGCGACACCAAGAUCCAUCUGGAUGGAGACGGGGGCUUCAGCAUGUCCACGGCCAGCCGGACGCACAUCUUCAAGCCGGUGUCCGUGCAGGCGAUGUGGUCGGCGCUGCAGAUCCUGCACAAGGCGUGUGAGGUGUCGCGCAGACACAACUACUUCCCCGGCGGGAUGGCCCUCACCUGGAUGGGCUACUACGAGAGCUGCAUCGCCUCGGAGCAGAGCUGCCUCAACGAGUGGAACGCCAUGCAGGACCUGGAGACCACGCGGCCCGACUCCCCCACCAUGUUCGUCCACAAGCCCACAGAGCGGGAGAGGACAGAGUGCCUUAUCAAAGCCAAACUCCGGAGCAUCAUGAUGUUCCAAGAUUUGGAGAAUGUUACCUCCAAGGAGAUCCGCACUGAGCUGGAGCAGCACAUGAACUGCAACCUGAAGGAGUACAAGGAGUUCAUCGACAACGAGAUGCUACUGAUCCUGGGUCAGAUGGACAAGGCCACGCUCAUCUUCGACCACCUCUACCUGGGGUCUGAGUGGAAUGCCUCCAACCUGGAGGAGCUUCAGGACACAGGCGUGGGGUACAUCCUCAACGUCACGCGGGAGAUCGACAACUUCUUCCCAGGAACCUUUGCCUACCACAACAUACGGGUCUACGACGAGGAGGCCACAGACCUGCUGGCCCACUGGAACGAGACCUACAACUUCAUCAUGAAAGCCAAGAAGAACCACUCCAAGUGUCUGGUACACUGCAAGAUGGGCGUGAGCCGGUCGGCCUCCACGGUCAUCGCCUACGCCAUGAAGGAGUACGGCUGGUCGCUGGAGAAGGCCUACAACUUCGUCAAGCAGAAGAGGAGCAUCACGCGGCCAAACGCCGGCUUCAUGAGGCAGCUCGCCGAGUACGAGGGCAUCCUGGACGCCAGUAAGCAGCGCCAUAAUAAGCUCUGGCGGCCCGAGGCGGACUGUGAGCUGCCUGACGGGCAGCAGGCGUCGGCCUGUGGCCCCGACGGGCUGGGGGACCUGACCCCGGAGCCCGGGGCCCUGCCCUGCGACGAGGCCUGGGGGGGCCAGGGCGCCGGGGCCUCCCCCUGCAGGACCAUCGGGGUGGAGGUGGACCCGGCCGACCCGCCCAACUACAACUACUACUUCCGGCGGCUGUCGGACUCGGCCCUGGACAGCGACCCGUCCACGCCGGUGCGGGCCCCGCCCCUGCUGGACAUGGAGCGCGUCUUCAUCGAGAUCGAGGACGUGGAGCGCGACGCCCUGCUGGACGACGCCGGCUUCGAGCGCGACUGCCCGCUGCCCCACUUCGGCAUGCCCAGCGAGGGCACCGCCGCCCAGACCUGCUGCCGCCCGGAGCCCCUGGAGGACCUGCGCAUGCGCCUGGAGUUCAGCACCGUGGAGGAGGAGGACGAGGAGGAGGCGCAGAAGGAGCAGGCCGAGAUGGAGGCGCUGGCCCGGCCGGGCGGAGGCGCGCUGGCCGCCGGCGGAGGAGUGGGGGGAGUGGGCGGAGGAGUGGAGGAGGUGGAGGAGGAGAGGGAGGAGGAGAGCGGGCAGGACCCCUCUUGCUCUCCCGAAAUGGCUGCCCUCAAUCGCCUGGGCAACGAGAACUCCAACAACAACAACAGCCUGGGCAGGAAGCAUAGCUUGGAGGUGUUGCAUGACAGCGCUGGCAUCAAAAGCGCUCACAAACUCAAGCCUUCGUACCAGCCCUGCGCGGACUGCAUGCGGUCUCCGGGCGGCCUUCAGCGCUGUGAGCCAAUGGCUGUGGACCGCGCCCAGCAUCAUCGCCUUAACCCCGCCCACCCCGGUGUCUCCGUGGAAGUCCCCGCCCCCAGCCCUAGCCCCGCCCCCAGCCCUGGGCCCCUCCCCCGGCCCUGUGGGGCCCCGCCUCUCACCGCCAACGCCCACACGGAGGCGUGCCGCCAACGCCUGACCUCGCCCAUGAGCUGCGAGGGCCCGCCCCGGCCCCAGGACCCGCCCUGCGGCCCGGAGGCUGACGGCAUGAGCGAGGAAGAGCAGGAGGAGGAGGAGGAGGAGGGAGGGGAGGGGAAGGCCCUGCAGAAGCCGGGCUCCCCCCAGGGCUUCCUCACCCCGCAGCAGGAGUCCCUCAUGCAGCUGCAGCGGGCGGGGCUCGUCCGCAAGCGCACCGAGACGCUGGAGAAGCUCUCCGGCCUCUCCCCGGCCGGGGGCCCCGAGCAGAUGGACACGGGCCCCGAGGCGGCGGAGGACGGGCCGGGGGGCCCGGUGGAGGACAUGGAGGUGGACUGCGGCGGGCCCCUGGCCCCGCCCGCCCUCCCGGCCGCCCGGCCCCCGCUCACCCACGAGCUCCUGAAGAGCGUGGCCCUGACGCCGGCCUCCUCGCCGCCCGGCCCCGCCCUGACGCGCAGCUCCAGCAGCGACAGUCUGCGCAGCGUGCGCGGGAAGCCCGGCCUGGUGCGCCAGCGCGCGCAGGAGAUCGAGGCCCGCAUGCGGCUGGCCGGCCUCACCGUGCCCUCCCGCCUCAAGCGCUCCAACUCGCUGGCCAAGCUGGGCUGCCUCACCUUCUCCUCCGAGGACCUGAGCUCCUGCUGCUCCGCCCCGCCCGCGCGCCUCCUGCUCGCCUCCCCGGAGCCCGACGGGGCCCGCGAGUGGCAGCUCCCCGGGGCCCCGGCCCUCAGGGGCCACCCCGCCGCCAGCCCCCUGUUCCAGGGCCCCCGGAGCUGACCCGCCGGGGCCUAGAGUGGCGGAGAGGCAGGGGACAAUCCCGUCAGCACGAAAAAAAAGAAAAGAAAAAAAAUGUAAUAAACGUGUAUAUAAAUAUAUAUACAUUUAAAUAUUAUAAAUAUAUAUUAAUAUACUUCCACAUCAUAUUUAAGAAGAAGAAAAAGAAGAAGAAGAAGAAAAAAAAAAAAUCCAAAUCUUAUUGAUAGGUGGUUUCUGGUCCCAGGCUUUUCUUGCAUGAAGCUCAAUGAAUGUGUGUGCAGGUGAGUCUCUCGUGAAAGGCGCGCUCGUAGCCGAUGAAAGGGUGUUCGCUCCCCCCCUCCCUCCUUCCUUCAUCUCGCUGCCCCGUCAGCGAAGAAUCCACACGUUUCUAACCAUAAACCUGCUUCCUGCAGAACUUAGAGAAAAAGAACAGUAUUUCCCUGAGAUCACCCCCCCCCCCCCCCCCCCCCAUCCUGUCAAGACCAGACAUUUUUAUUGACGCUUAAUCCGGAUUAUUUAUUUCCCUCCCCUGAUUUUCAGGUACGACAUUUUUUUGUUUUCUGACUUGGGAAAUGUAGUCCAUUCAUGAGCAGUAUUGCGUAAUCCUGUAGUCCUCUGGCAGUUUGGAUGUCCUCGGCAGUGGACGGGUUGCCACGGGAGACGUGCUCAAAACCCUCAGACUGUGGUCUUCGUCCGUCACCUCUGUCUCGCUGGCCUCCUCCUCCUCCUCCUCCUCCUCCUCCUCCUCGCAGGGGGCCCGGAAACCGCGCCCCCCCACCGUCAUGGGGGUCUUCAGAGAGGACUGGGAGCGCUGGGGCGUUUUUCGGUUCAGGGUGCGGAACUGCUCAGAGCCGCUCGGCCGUGCCAGGGUUCCGGAAUCCUGCCGGGUUCGGAGGCCAACACUACUGACUGGAACGGUCUCCGGUGCAUCGAUUCCUGAGGAGCGACAUCUCAGCGACAGCUCUUGGAAAUAACGCUCGAAUAAGGUCAGCAGGUCCCUGAAGGCUUAGAAAGAAGUCCCUCCAGGGAAGCUCGAGAAAGAGUCGAUAUCGUUCUCGAAGUACCGACGGAGGUCGUUUGAUUUAGUCAAUUUUGAUCGGCGUAAAGAUUUUCUUCUUCAUUUUGAAGGUCGAUGUUUCAGAUUCGGGGAGGAGAAAAAAAAAAAAAAAACGUUUCCUUUUCUGGAAAUAUGGGAAACGAUGACCAACGGCACACGAAAUGUCUGUCACUGUAUCGUCUAUAGUCUGGGCAUGAAAGCGCGGGACUUUCUGGUCCUGAAUUAGUUGUUGGUGUAACUCGUGUGAAAUCAUGCAAUGUGUUUAUCCUGAGUUGUUUUUCAGAUACAUUUCAAUCAAGUUUCAAACUUUCGAAUAUAUCCUUAUAUUUGGAAACAAUAAACGGGGGGGGGGAAAAAAAGAUCUUUACCGGGACAAAAUUGACUAAAUUAAAUGAUAACAGAGGGACUAGAUGGGUGUCUUCAAGGAAGCCGUACAAUCCCCGGCGGCCUUUCAGUUGAUGAACCAUGACAUUUAGGGACAUUCUCGAUACACUGUCAAAGCCAUUUAGCGCAGGAGGGAUAUGAAGUUGCCUCACAUUUUGAGUAUUUAUUUAUUUUCCUUAAAACAAAGUGGCCAACGCCUUCCUCUUCCUAGAGUAUCUAGGUAGCCUGACUUCCAACCUCUUCCAUGUCUGAGGGGUUAGGGUGGCAGUUAUUGUUUUCCCCCACACACCGCCCUUUCUCCGUUCACGCAGUGGGCGAGGGCGAACGGUAGUAUUCAAUGGUAGUCUUGUGUUGUGCCGUCGCCAUGCCGACACAUCCUCAAAGCUCCCAGGCUGCUUCUCCUCUGCUCCCAUGAUCCCCUGCUCCAUCUCUGCAGAAACUCCAGGACCAUUCUACCUCGUGAGAUUUCACUGCAACGUUUGGCACGGGUGCCAUUUUUGGACUUUUUUUUUUUUUUUCCUGCUGUUGGCAGAAAGAAGUAGUUGGCCUGAAUAGGUAGUGAGUGGUGUGCAGACCGGUCCAGUGUCACUUUAAUCAACCGUGUGUGACUCCUGGACUCCGGUACGAGGGCGUGCAGCAGAGACUCCAGACUGUAAAUCAGCUACACUGGAUCAUUUGGCCCAGUGGCCAAAGUGACACAGAAAGCAACAGAGGUGGAAAGUCCAGGUUCAGAAAGUAAAAGUCCCAAUUCUUCCGCCGGGGAGCAGAACUAAUUACUGAAAUAAGCUGGCUCGUGGGUGGAAGAGACACAUGGGCAGGACUUUUACUUUCCGAGUCCCGGCCUUUCUGCCUGUGGAAUGCAGACGGAUGUAUUAUUAGUACUACCUGCUUUCAUUCUCCUCCUCUUCAUCACCUCAGUACAAUCUGUAUUUCUUUGUUGGUGUUGGAUCGACAAACCGUAACCCUCCCCCGAGUUCUCCUGACCUGGCUUCUCUCAAUUCAGUGAAUGUGCUGCCCGGGGGUGAUCACACCACCCGUAUCGUCUUCUAGACGAAAGGGUGAUGAGGUUUGGCACCGUGUCACGUUUGUAUUGCUCAUCUUAACGUUCGUAUUCAGUGACUUUCAGGAGUACAGGCAUUGAGAUCUCCCUGUUCCCUUCAGCGCAGCGACCACAGCUUAUUGGUUAUCAUAGUUGUCAUAGAAACGUGGCGCGCCCACUGAGUUAGGUGACCGGCCAUUUUCACGCGUGGUCAAAUGAAAUGAUGCUUCUGGAAAAGACUUAGGACCCUCUUUCUAACCGUUCCUGUACAAAAACCACGUAGGUAACACAAAACAUUUGACAUUGACCAGAGGGUGUAUUACCUUUGAUAUUAGCUGUAUUAUAAAAGUCAAUUUCAGUCUAUUCUGACACUCCUAAUCUGUAGUACAAUUGAUGACUGUAAGGCAUUGGAAGGUUCUCCAGUUCUACAUCCGGUCACUCUGCUGUGUUCUGACGGUCUGACUGGGGGGUCCGAUUCAGUCCUGAAGAGCUCUUUUGAAAAGCUUUUCCUGUCAUCGCUGGUGAGGACCAGGCAGUGGUGCAGUGAAGACCUUGUUUGGCACCUCGGUUGUGUAGAGAAACCAGGGGGCUCACGUGUCAGCCCGUAUUCGGGUCUUUACAACAUCGCAGCUAUUUGGUAGGAUUGGACGCAUUCGAACCACAGUGUUGUAGUUCAAAGCUUGUGGGGUUUUUUUUGGUAUUGGGACAAAGUCUUAUCUCUGUUUGUCUUCUCGCCAAUGUUUACACGGGAUCUUAAAAUGUCCGACUGCUGACAUUUCGGAAAAAGACGCGCGCUUUCUCCCAUCUAUGAUGUCAUAAGUGCCGCCAAAUGCCUACAGCGCCCCCCCCCACCCCAUCGCUUCCUCAAACCUCACUCCACGUCUCCUUGUUCUUUCAUGUCAUUCCAACUGUAUUCAACCAAAUUUAUUUAUAUAGUUUUUUUUUAUUUAUUUGAAUGAAUUAGUACAUAAUAUGCAAGUCUGUUUUGUAUACAGCCUAAUGCUAUUCUGCCAUUGAUUUUAUUUUUUACCAUACUCUAUGCAGUCAAAUUGGUGUAUCAGAGGCGUGUAAGUUCAAAGUGUGCGCGUGCAUGUGCGUGUGUGUGUGCGCGCGCAUGUGUGUGUAACAAGAGUAUUUACAUGAUUACUGUGAAUUAUUUAUGGAAAACAAAUAUUUGUGUACGUAAACAAUCAGUUUGAACGGGUGUACGCUGUACACACUGAUACGGUAUGUAAGUAUGCUAGUACACACUUGUGUACUGCAUGUAUACUGUAUGCAUGCACACACAGUAUGUACUAUAGGGCAGUAUGUAUGUGUGUACGUUUACUUGUAAGCUGUAUGCAUGUACUGUGCAUACAUAUGUCCUGUAUCUAAUUAUGUAUGUACAAUAUACAGCAGGAAAGGAUAGGGGUGGAGACUGUGUCUGUUUACCUGCUGAUUUGUAGAGAAGUCAUCCAUUUUGAGUGCACACACGCUGGUGUUUCAAGCAGUCGUUUCCUAAAUGGAACUGUAAAUCUUCUGUGUGUGUGUGAGUGAGUGAGUGAGUGAGUGAGUGAGUGAGUGAGUGAGUGAGUGAGUGAGUGAGUGAGUGAGUGAGUGAGUGAGUGAGUGAGUGAGUGAGUGAGUGAGUGAGUGAGUGAGUGAGUGAGUGAGUGAGUGAGUGAGUGAGUGAGUGAGUGAGUGAGUGAGUGAGUGUGUAAAUACACGCACAAACGCACACACACAAAUCAAACUCGUGCACAAAAUAAUGUAUUUGUGCAUACGCACGUGUCAUUGACCUGCGUGUACAGUUUGCACGUGUGUGUGUUUGUUUGUGUGUGUGUGUGUACGUGUGCCCGGGGGGGUUUACUGUCGAACUGAGACUUCAGUGAAACCAGGCUUUGAAUUUUGAUCAGAUCUUAGCAAGUCUCAUUUUGUAUCAUUUUGUUCGGCGUGUUUGUGAGAACCCCAUGGUUUCACAGAGCUGGGAGCCCCACUGGGAGUGCUGACUGACUCACCGCGCUCUAACUCACUCACAUUUCUCUGGCUUCUCUGGCUUCUAAUCAGAUUUUUGCAAAAAAGGCGUAUUAGCUCAAGCUGCAUCCAUUAACAAAAUCUGACUCAUAUUUAAAAGGUGGAUACGCUGAAGGCUCCAGUCACAGGCGAAGGCAUCUCCCCUGAAUAUAUCCUGUGUGUUUGUGUGUAUAUAUCUGCGCAGCGUCACACAUGUAUAUACUGUAUAGUGUACGGCGGUUAGAGAGGUGACGCUUCUCUCAUUUUCAUCUUCUGUUUACAACUCGUCGUCGGGUGUAGGGAUUGACAGGAUGAGUGGGAGCCAUUUUACGUAACUGACGUAGUGUUUAGAGAGGUCACCGUGAGGCUAAGGCCUCGUCCUCCUAUCAGAAGAGUCUGCUUAAACACUCUAAACGUGUAUUCUGUGCCCCGCCCGUCUAGUGUGAUUUCCCAACAACGUGGUGAAGUACGCCAGGUGAAUGUUUGGGAGAGGGGUGCGGGUUGUUCCCGUCUCCUAAACACCCUGUGGUGUGCAGUGAGUGUUUCCCCCACACUGCGAACACUCUGUUUAGCUCUGUCUGCUGCAUGUCUCAAGCUGUUCAUGACCGUUUGAUUUUGUAUUAUCUUUAUACAUAAGUGCCUUAACCCAUGUGACCCUAGGCAUUGUGCUCUGUGCGAGUGUGUGUGUGCGUGUGUGUCUGUCUGUGCGUGUCUGUGCUCUGUGUGUGUGUGUGUGUGUGUGUGUGUGUGUGUGUGUCUGUCUGUGCGUGUCUGUGCUCUGUGUGUGUGUGUGUGUGUGUGUGUGUGUGUCUGUGCAUGUCUGUGCGUGUCUGUGCUCUGUGUGAGUGUGUGUGUGUUUGUGGUCAUGUUUCGUUGCUGGCAUUAGCGGGCUUGCCACUUCCUCUCCAUAACAAGGCGGCCACAGCGCACACGGUUGGGUAGGUGUUCAGGAGCAGGGCAGGGCAGGGCUAGUGCAGGGCAGGGCAGGGCAGGGCAGGGGCUCGGGCAGGAGGGUUUGUUGGGGGUUUAGGGUCCUGGCCUUCCCUUGCGUCCUCCGGUUGGGAAAAUAACGUCCUCCAUCUCGAAACCCUUUAUUACGUGUAUACAUCUACCAAGGUUGCCAGAUUGUGUUUUUCAAUUCCAAGCUCUUUCGUGCUGUCUAAAAUAUCAGAAAAGACCAAAGUUGUGUUUUUUUUUUUCAUUUCUUUUUUUUUUUCAUUUGUAUUCUUUCCUUAAGCCAUGGGGGUUGUAGUUCAUUGAAAAAUGCACACCACACAUAACUGCAAUAGACGGUUUGGGAGCAAGCGUUUCUCAAACUGCUUGGAUAUCCACUCACUGGGUCCUCCGGUUGUAGACUUGGAUAUCUCAUCUUUUGGGAAAGAAAAGAGACAGAGGAGGAGAGAGAGAGAGAGAGAGGAAGGGAGAGAUGAGUUCUUCCUGAACUCAUCAGCAUACGUACACACCUGACCAGUCUCUGAGUGUAUAAUUGACGGACUGCUUCAGCGACACAUCUGUUGGUCCUCACAGGAAUAGAGAACAGAGUUAACUCAAAGGAUCACACUGAUAGUGACUUUCUUCCCUUUUUGUCAGGAUGUUUCACUGUUUUUGUUACCAUUUUCUUUUUAUAUUUAAGUAUGCAGUAACUUGUUUUUUUGUACUGUAUAUUUGCUGUAGUUUGAAUGCAUAUUGCACUUUUUUUUACAUUUGUUAAAACAAUGUACUGUAUGUGUUUAUUAUGAAAAUAAAACUUUUUCAUUCUA